CCUCGCUGCGUCCACCUCUGCGAAUCUUCACCUGCUUGGCAUCUCUUCUGAGCAGACUCUACAUACAGCUGCGCGACCUGGACCUGGCCCGAGUUCUCAGUGUCAAUCACCGGGGAUAAAUCCAAUCUCCGACACGGGCUGCAGCUCCAACCACCACAACCAGCCCACGAACAAAACCACGAACGAACAAAAAACGCGUCAAAACACACACACGCACGCACGCAAUGCACCCGCACCUGCACCGCACCACCUAGCUAGUCCAACCAACCGCCCAACCAUGACCACCACCGGCGCAGAAGCACCCCCCCUCGCCCUCCUCAUCCGCAACGGCCUCGUCAUCGUCCUCUUCCUCGCCAUCCUCGCCCUGUCGCUCCGCCUGCUCUUCGUCAUCGGGCCCCUGCGCCCGCCGCCACAGCCACGGUAUCGGGGCGGGACUACCACUACCAACAACACCAAGCCACCCACCACAACCAACGCAUCCACCAACAGCAACGACAGCGACCCCCUCGCCGCCUACGAAAUCGACGACGCCGACACCAACGCUAACAACGCACCACAAAUACCCACCCUCCCCACCCGCCCGGGGCACAUGCUCAUCGUGCUGGGCAGCGGAGGCCACACCGCCGAGAUGCUGGCGAUGCUCGAGCGUUUGGACGCGGGCACGUUCGUGCGGAGUUGGGGGCGGCGGACGUGGGUCGUGGGCGAGGGGGACGAGCUGAGCGCGAGGCGGGCAAGGGAGUUUGAGGCGGGGUUGGUGGGGCGGGUGAGGGGGGGUGAGAGGGGUGAAGGGGAAGGUGAAGGUGCUGGGGGAGGGGAGGGGGUGAGAAGAAGGAAUGUGAGGGUGUGGGAUGGGGAGGGGGAGGAGGAGGGCGGAGGGGGGGAAAGUGGUGCAGACACAGGCACAGGCACACAUACAGGCACGCACGCGCUCGCUCCCCUCCCCCGCGCGCGCCGCAUCCACCAGCCCCUCCACAGCACGCCCCUCACAGCCCUUUACACCCUGAUCUCCGCCCUCAAGCUCCUCCAGCACAACCCACCCGACAUGAUCCUGACCAACGGCCCCGCGACGGGCGCCAUCGUCGUGCUGGCCAGCGUGCUGCUGCGCGUGCUCGGCCUCGCGGAUUUACAUGGCUUGCGGACCGUGUAUGUGGAGAGUUGGGCGCGGGUGCGGGGGCUGAGUCUGAGUGGGCGGUUGUUGGUGCGGUUGGGGCUGGUGGAUCGGUUCGUCGUGCAGUGGGAGGGGUUGCUUGGAAAGGAGGGGACGGGGGGGCGGGGCGAGUUUAGGGGGGUUUUGGUUUAG